CCGGAUCGGUUUCUCGGGGUUUGACCAGCUGUCCCGGGCUCACCCUGCUCCUCGCUGAAGAUGGAGGAAGUAAAAACAGGAUUACCCUCCGCUCCAGAGCCACUGCCUUAGUUUCCACAGCCCACCGCAGUGCCCCAACACACACUGGCCACCCAGGGACAGCCCGAGAGAGACCCACACAGAGACACGAGAGACCCAGGCAGAGAGAGACACACAGAGAGAGGGAGGAGAGGACCCACUCACAGUAAACACAAACAAAAGGGGGAUGGGAUUGCCUCCCUGCGUGUCCUGCUGAGCACUGCACUUUGACUAUGGAAACAGAGGCUAUUGAUGGCUAUAUAACAUCAGGUGACAAUGAGCUUUCACCUGAAAGGGAACACUCCAAUAUGGCAAUUGACCUCACCUCAAGCACACCCAAUGGACAGCAUACCUCACCAAGUCACAUGACAAGCACAAAUUCAGUAAAGCUAGAAAUGCAAAGUGAUGAAGAGUCUGACAGGAAACCCCUGAGUCGGGAAGGAGACAUCAGGGGCCAUGAUGAAGGUAGCAGCCUAGAAGAACCCAUUAUUGAGAGCAAUGAUGUGGCUGACAACAGAAAAGUCCAGGAGCUUCAAGGCGAGGGAGGAAUCCGGCUUCCGAAUGGUAAACUGAAAUGUGACGUCUGUGGCAUGGUUUGCAUUGGGCCCAAUGUGCUUAUGGUACAUAAAAGGAGUCACACUGGUGAGCGCCCCUUCCACUGUAACCAGUGUGGAGCUUCUUUCACUCAGAAGGGCAACCUACUGAGACAUAUUAAGUUGCACUCUGGGGAGAAGCCGUUCAAAUGUCCCUUCUGCAGCUAUGCCUGUCGGAGAAGGGACGCCCUCACAGGACAUCUCAGGACACACUCUGUGGGUAAACCUCACAAGUGCAACUACUGUGGACGGAGCUACAAACAGCGUAGCUCACUGGAGGAACACAAGGAACGUUGCCACAAUUACCUUCAGAAUGUCAGUAUGGAGGCUUCUGGGCAGCUCAUGAGUCACCAUGUACCUCCUAUGGAAGAUUGUAAGGAGCAAGAGCCUGUGAUGGACAACAAUAUUUCUCUGGUGCCUUUUGAGAGACCUGCUGUCAUAGAGAAGCUGACAGGGAAUAUGGGAAAACGUAAAAGCUCCACCCCACAGAAAUUUGUGGGAGAGAAGCUCAUGAGAUUUGGCUACCCAGAUAUUCACUUUGAUAUGAACUUAACAUAUGAGAAAGAGGCUGAGCUGAUGCAGUCUCACAUGAUGGACCAAGCCAUCAACAACGCAAUCACCUACCUUGGAGCUGAAGCACUUCACCCUCUGAUGCAGCACACACCAAACACAAUCGCAGAGGUCGCCCCGGUCAUCAGCUCAGCUUAUACUCAGGUCUAUCAUCCUAAUAGGAUAGAAAGGCCCGUUAGCAGGGAAACCUCUGACAGUCAUGAGAACAACAUGGAUGGCCCCAUUUCUUUAAUCAGACCAAAGAGUCGACCCCAGGAAAGAGAGGCCUCUCCCAGCCAUAGCUGCCUGGAUUCUACUGACUCAGAAAGCAGCCAUGAUGAUCGCCAGUCCUACCAAGGAAACCCUGCCUUAAAUCCCAAGAGGAAGCAAAGCCCAACUUACAUGAAGGAGGAUGUCAAGGCUUUGGACGCCACAAAGGCUUCUAAGGGCUCUCUGAAGGACAUCUACAAGGUCUUCAAUGGAGAAGGAGAACAAAUUAGAGCCUUCAAGUGUGAGCACUGCAGAGUCCUAUUCCUAGACCAUGUUAUGUACACAAUUCACAUGGGUUGUCAUGGUUAUCGGGACCCAUUAGAAUGCAACAUCUGUGGCUACCGAAGCCAGGACCGUUAUGAGUUCUCAUCACACAUUGUACGAGGGGAGCACACAUUCCACUAGGCCUUUUUCUUUCUAAAGGGGACCCUUAUGAAGUAAAGAACUGCACAUGAAGAAAUACUGCACUUACAAUCCCACUUCCUCAGACAUUAACUUAACCUUUUUAAAAAAAGAAAAGAAAAAGAAAAAUUACUACAGUCAAUAAUUUUUAUUUUAUGGACCCAGUCUCAUUUGCUCUACCUAACUAUCAGGAAGGAAAAAAGGGAGGGAAGGGAUGGGGUAAUUGGUUUUUUUUGUCUUGUGUCACUUGGCUUAUUUUGUGGGAAUUGAAGGGCAGUUCACUUUUGCAAUGGUUGGCUGUAAGUUAUAUAAUGCUUUGAAAAACCACUCAGCUCACAUUAGGUUCAGCUAAAAGAGGCUGAUUUGCCAUUCAUUUUUAGGAUGGUGAUAUUGGACAGGAAAGUGGAGAGUUUUCAUAGUAAGACUUUGUCUUAACAAUAGUAAAAAAAAGAGCAUAAGGAAUUUUUACUCUCUAAAGAAGAAGCAUUUUCAAAAUAUAAAUUGUUUUUCUGUAAAGUUCUUUGAUCAUAAAUCAAACACAAUGUUCUUUUCAAUGAUACUUCCUAGGAUGAGCUAUGGUCAUGGGUUCUGUGUUUACUUCCCUUUCUGGAAUUUCUAAUACAAUCUAUAGAACAUUGUACCACUUAGCAGUUUCAUAUUACAAGUGGUUAGGACCACCUACAGUACUUUUGAAGGCCUGCUACCUUAUUUUUCUAAACUAAAGAAGCACCUUUUUAGACUUGCUGUUUUUCCAUGGUUUUGGGGACUGGCAUUUUGUAGACGCCCUGACAGCCUUACUUUUAACAUGUUUUAUGAUUAGCAUUUUUACCUGGUUUUCAGAGUAAUACAGCUUAGGAGUGGCUACAAGGCAGUAGUUUUCUGGAGGGGUUCUGUUGCUCUUUGAAAAAAAAAAUUAAGUUAUAAACUGUGUCCUGAUAGUAGAAUAUACUUGUUUUUCUUUUUUUAAGAUGUAUAUUCAAUUGUCAUCUUAUCAGCAACAGUGUUAAACCAGUCAGCAGCAUCCACUAUUAAGGCUGACAGUUGGGAGAACACUAGAAACUUCUUUUCUGAUAGUGUAUUAGUUUGUUAAAUCUGCAACUACCCAGUAUUCUGCUCCAUAGUCAGGUCUUUUAAGACUUUGCCUACUGUCUCUUUCUAUUCUAUAAAACUCCAAAGGUCAAUGAUCAGUUUGAACUGAAUGUGGUUAUUUUUUUAAAAAAGCAAUCAAAAGGAAAAAGUACUCUUGCCAACUGUGGCUAUUUUCUCUUGAAUUUUUUCCCCCCAGUGUUGAUAUUUACCACAUUUAAGUUGAGGAAAAAGGAAAAUGCUUUGCAGUAUUUUGGUUGGGCUGCAGAUUAAGAACAUAAUAAAGUCCACUUUCACCCUUUCUUUGACUCUAUAUAGGGACGGAAUUGUUAGUUAGAUGAUCUCUAGGCCAAAAUCACUUGCUUCCUAUUUCCUAAUCCCUUUCAACAACUAUUUCCCCUGUUGCUUAGACUCUGAGAUAUGAACAAUAAGCCUUUAACACCCUACUUUCCUCCUCUCUAUCUAUGCUUACUAUAGAUCAACAUUUUGCAUAGGUAGAUGUUCUUUGUAUUUAUGAGGGUGCUAAUUUUAUUUAAUACAGUCCAACAGCAUUAGAAGGGAACAGCUGAGUGGUAUAGUGAUUAAAGUUUUUGUUUGUUUGUUUGUUUGUUUUCACAGGGACACGCUUAGCAGAUAGAACAUGUAGCCUGUGUUUAGGAAGGGAUGCGUUGGAUAGUGGUCAGAUUGUACCUGAUGGCCAUUUUUGACAUGAAAUACCAUCAAGUAGUAAUCGAUGAGUACUGUAGAAGUGCAUCCCAUACAAUGCAACAUGAUACAUUUGUUUUUGUAGUACAAUGUGAGAAUGAUCAAGAAUAGAGAAACCUGAACGUAAAUAGGGCUGAGAUAUAAAAAGCUGGUCUGUAUUACUCAACUCAAUUUUCCAUUUUGUCUCCUACUUCUUAUCUAGAUAGCUCCUAAGUGCUCAUGCAAAUGGAGUUACAUAGGACUAGGAAGAAUUGGUUACAAUUCACCGCUCCCUUUUCAUCUCCCCCUCCCCCCCCAGACCUUGACAAACCUAAUAUAUUGGUAAUGACCACUUAUCUUUUAAUCCAAAAGUAUCCAUCAGAAAAUGAAUGAGAAACACAUUAGAAUGUUAGCUCUAUAAUUUCUUCUUUGCUUCAUGGUACAUUAUGAACAUCAAUUUUAUUUUGCUGUAAGAUCUUGUACAAUGAGCCACCAAAGAAAAAAUUAAUCUAUUUAGCAAUUAUUACUUGUUUUUCUCCCAAUUCUUCCUGAUUUUGUUUUUCUUUUCUCCAUUUCAUAUUUCUGGAGAAGAUAAGUGACCAAUAGUUAACAGUAUUGUGGAGGUUGGGGGAUAUUUGUCAUGAUGGUCAUUUGCAUUUAAAGAAGCACUUUGGCAACAACUAACAUUCUAAGAGCUUAAGUUAUUUGGAAAUUUCUGCUGACACCACUUGUGAAUUUUCCUGCUUUUUUUCUGUCAGUUCAUUAUAUCAUCUACAGAUGUAUGUUUUGGGAAUAAACAGAUGACCGCAAAGAAUUUUAUAGAGGCCUCCCAAAUCACUCAUGCUCUACUUUACCAUUCCUUUCAGUUUGUGUUCUUGAGAAUAUGUCUAUUGCAGGCAUAUACUUUUAUCCUUAGCCUAAAUGGAUGGGGAUCUACAGUAUGAAGGCGGUAUUGGCUUAAGUAGAGACAGUGGCAAAUAGAGACAGGGUCAUUGCAAAUUUUGUAGGUAAAAAAUAUUUUGAGAGAAGUAGUGCUAUGGGAAUCUAUUUAAUUAUGGCAUUUUCUAUAAAGAAGAUGUGAAAGGUUGUGACUAAAUGUAGAUGUGACAAUUAGAUACCAAAUAAUCAGGUAGGAAAUUUUAUCAUAGGCAUUGUUUACAUACAGUUUAUUUCAGUGAAACAUCACAGAAUGUACUGAAGAGAAUUAUGGGCAAUUUUCUGUACUUCCUUUUUUGGCAAAAUUUCAGACAUUUAUAAAAGUUGAUCUAUAUUCGUUUGAUUCUAGUUUUUGUUUAAGAAGAGAAAUAAUGUGCCAGAGCCAGGACAAAGGAAAGUUUGGUUGUGCCUGACGCAAGGUUUGAAAAUGGCACCCUUGUUGUGUGUUACAGUCUAAGCAAAACUUUGAGUUUCAUUGUACCACAUGGAACUUAUCUUAUGGAAACAAAUACAUGUUGUUUUUAGUAGGGUUUCCUGGCAUUAAAAAUGGGCAUUUAUGAAAAGUAAUAUUAAAACCUGAGUCACCAACUCGAGCACCUCCACAAGUUGCACCAUAGGCAGCUACCUACUUUGUUCCACCCCCCCCCCCCCCCCAGCCCUUGCUGUUUGCUUCCUAUAUGGCAACUGGUGAUAAAUUCCUCUACAAAGAAAAUUAGAGUUGAGCUGUCAAUAAGUAAAAGUCAUCAGCAGGCUAAUUCAAAGAGAUUUUGUAUUGUUAAAAAAAAUUAAUUGUUGAGAGUUUUCUUGAGGUAGAAAAUGGGAUUUAUUCUGAAUAGAAUUUAUACCUAGCUGCAAAGUAGGGAGUGUCUCUCCUACAUAAGAGCAGCUGGUGAGCAUGAGUCACAGUCACUGGAUUGUUUUUUAGAUAUGGAUGAGGGAAAUAGACUUUGAUAAGAAAUUUUUAAAAAUCUUUUGGUAUGCAAAUGCAGUUAUCAGUGUUGGGAAAAUAUGCAUGGAAAAAAAAAAGCAACAUUGUGGCUGAUUCCUGAGAUGUUUAAUUUUCUUUCUCUUUUUAAUUUGCUAGACUAUGACAAAAAGACACUGAAGGAGCUUCUCCUGGCAUACAAAACUUUCACCAACUGCUCUUUAGGAUCAGUAGUAAUUGUUCAGGUGUUCCAGUCACUGACUUAUAGAAUUGAUUUUAUGCAAGAGCAGCUUAUUACACAUAUCCAAAUAUUUAAAUAAGUUUGGCCUCCUAAGGAGAGUCCAUAAAAAAAGGAAAGAAAUGAGGAACCAUAUUUCCCUGUUGGUAUGUGGAAAAGAGAGAGGAAUUCAUUAGUAAGUUUGAUCAACUUUUAUCUAGAGUAUUAGUAUCUCAGCUACUUAUUUCAGAAAAUCAUGCAAUAUCUGUUGCUGUUUACAAGUGAAAAACAGAAUUUAUACCAGAGAAAAUGUAAUAACCUUCUAAAUAAUUUUUGAUGUUAUUUAAUUCACAGCACCUCUAAAUCACUCCCUGGGGUAUUCAGGACAAAAGCAAAAAAAAAAAA